CCUGGGCCGCGCUCUAAGAGCCAGCCCUGAGUCGCACGAGGAGGUUUCCAGACCCGCGGGACUCAGCCCAGACUAGCGCCCCAAGGGCCGUCCGGAGAAGCCCCAUGGCGAAGCAGCUGGCCCUGGUGAUUGGAGGCAUCAUUGGGGGGCUCCUCCUGCUGCUGCUGUUGAUCGGGCUGAGCUGCUGUCUGUGGAGGAGGCUCUGUACCACCCUUGCCUAUGAGGAGCUGCCAGGGACAACAGCCAUGGCCACCGCAGCCACCUUCAGCAGACAGGGGGACAGGCUCUGCCAGCUGCAUGCCAAGACCCCACCAAGCAGGCCUCUGAAUAUGCCAUUCAUGGUGCCUCCUUCCCUCCAAGACCAAAAUUGGGUGCCCUUGAACAGUGGAGAGAGGGCCCAGGCCCCACGGGACCCCUGCCCAGCCCCGGAGCUCCUGCCUCAUGCCCUUGCCUUCCAACCCUCUGUUGUAGGAGACACAUGUGUGGUGGGGGCCAUCAACCCAGAGCUGUACAAGUACCCAGAGGACAAGAGUGAGACCGACUUCCCUGCUGGCUGCCUAGGGCGGCUGUGGUUCUCCGUGGAAUAUGAGCAGGAGGCCGAGCGACUUCUGGUGGGCUUGAUCAAGGCACGGGAGCUACACACCCCCUCAGAGACCUGCAGCCCCUUGGUGAAGCUCCAUCUGCUGCCCGAUGAGCGGCGCUUCCUCCAGUCCAAGACCAAACGCAGAACCUCCAACCCGCAGUUUGAUGAGCACUUUAUCUUCCAGGUGUCUAGCAAAACUGUCACCCAGAGGGUCCUAAGGUUCUCAGUGUACCAUGUGGACAGGCAGAGGAAACACCAGUUCCUUGGCCAGGUGCUCUUCCCCCUGAAGAGUGAGACCCUGGCAGGUGAUUGCGGGCACAUCAUCUGGAGAGACCUGGAGGCUGAGAACCUGGAGCCUCCCUCGGAGUUUGGCGACCUCCAGUUCUGCCUCAGCUACAAUGACUAUCUGAGCCGCCUGACAGUGGUCGUGCUGCGUGCCAAGGGCCUCCGGCUCCAGGAGGACAGGGGUGUUGUCAGCGUGUUUGUAAGGGUGUCUCUGAUGAACCACAACAAGUUUGUCAAGUGCAAGAAGACUUCAGCUGUGCUGGGCUCCAUCAACCCUGUAUACAAUGAGACCUUCAGCUUCAAGGCCGACGCCACUGAGCUGGACACUGCCAGCCUCAGCCUGACAGUGAUACAGAGCCUGGAAGGGGACAAGAGCCACCAGCUGGGCCGGGUGGUGGUUGGCCCCUACAUGUACACCCGCGGCAGAGAGCUGGAGCACUGGGACGAGAUGCUCAGCAAGCCCAAGGAGCUGGUGAAGCGCUGGCAUGCGCUCUGCCACACCACCGAGCCCUGACUGGCGCCCAGGACCGCAGCUCUGCUUCGGGAGCCCACUGUCCUCCCAGUCACACGGGAUAGCCAAAAGAAUGGAUGCUUCAUUCAACAUCUGCCCUGUCUGUAGCUGUGGCCGGUGCAGUCUCCCUCCACACUCCAUUCUUCCUACCUGUGGAGCUGCCCAGGCUUGGAAUACUGGCUCCUGGUCCUCACAGUCCUGAGUCAGACUGGAAGCUCAGGGGUUCAGAAGAAAUACUCCAUGUAGCAAUGGCCUGGCCAUAUACACCACAUGGAUGUGCAGGGCAAACCUGGGCGCCACCGCCAGGGAAAGCUGACGGCGUGUUGAUGCAGUUGAUGACUGUGCUGGUUUUAGCUGGCACAGGCUUCCACCUCUGCCUGGGGGGAUAACAGGGAAACUGCUGUGAGCUGCUUGCUUCGAUACCAACUGGUAGACCAGGUGUCAGCACAGCUCACAGUGCCAGGUAAAGAAGGCCUCACCUGUGUGUUAGGUCCCUUCUGGGACUGUGGCCAGUUUCACCCCACCUGGUGUCAAGCCUUGUCCAUAGCCCAUCCUCUCUGGAAUCAAAAACCUCUCACCCCUGGCACUAUAGUUUUCCGUGGUCUAUUUUAACAACAUUCAGUUCCCAGGGAUCUCACUUCAAGCAGGACACAGUGAACGGCAUGUGGCCAUAGUGUAGCCCACAGGGCUGAGCACUUUUCCUGUAAAGCAGGACUCCAGUGUGAUCAUUGUGCUUUGGUAAGCAGCAAUCUAAAGUUCAUUAAAAUGAAAGUCCCCACACAUCCCAGCCCUCAACUCCCUGGGAGUUAUACUCAAGCUAAUGAGCACUCACUUCUUUGUCACUGUUAUUGAGACCAGCAGUUGGUAUUUGCACCCUACCGCUGUGGCACUUGGGGAGUCAAUGCUUUGUUAUAUAACUAGAAAAGAACCUUGAACUAGUAUCUUUUUCUUUUGCAGUGAAGCAAGUUCAGCAAAAUAAGGUAGUGAAUGUUACACCAAGUCUAUGUCUCUUUAACUUGUCUUCCUAUCUCUUUGUCAUUGCACAAAUAACAAGCUUUGCCUGGCAGCGGCUCAUAUGGACAGAGCGUCUUGUGUUUGUUUUUUCUCACUUAUUUCACUUGCACAUUUUCAAAGCAGUCCACAAAGCUGCAGUGUCUAAUAGCUUCGUGGCCACAUAGAAUAGUUCUCUAUAUGUUUACAGAGCAGGCUACUACUAUGGAACUGCUUCUGUUUCACCUGACAUCGACAUAGGUGUCAGCCACCUCCACAUUCCAAGGUGAGAUUAAUGGCUAGCAGUGGCCUUUCUAAGCCACUUGGAAAAGUUGGUUAAGUGUCCUCUUUGCAGGACAGAAUGAACUGGUAUAUCUGACUCACCCCUGAAAAAUCUAAAUGCCAAAAGACUAACAGGCUCUCUGCUCUGAGAGGGAGCUGUUUUGAGCUGUCCUCUGUAUAGUCAUAGGGCAAAAUAGACACACAUGUUUCCCACAGACCAGACCCUGUCCACUGGUGACUCCAGCAGAAAAAAACUCUUUGCAUUUCAAUAUAACAUUUAAGAAUCAGCUGGUCAAUUUCCACAAAAGAAAGUGCUAGAAUUUGAUUGUACUUCAUUGAAUGUGUAGACCAAUAUUGGUAACUUUAAAAUAUUGAAUCUUCUGAUCCAUUAACAUGGCGUUAGGUCUUUUGUAAGUUUCUUAGAACUGUUUCGUGCUUUCCAGCAAAGUGUUCUUGCACAGCUUUCAUUCGAUUUACACUCAGGUGUUUUGUAUUGAUUAAUUGGUAGUGUACCGUGUUACAGAGAUUCUACAAAAUAAUGUUGGCUUUGUAUCUAGUGAGUGACCUUGCUAAAUUCAUUUAAGUUGUAAUAGUUUACAGAUUCUUUGUGUAUAAUGUCCUCUGCGAAUAAUAGUUUUAUUUUUUCCAUUCCCAAUUGCUUUGCCUUAUGUACUGAUUAUCAACUUACAGUGGCUGGGCACUUGGAUAAGAAAAGAAAAAAAAAGACAUCCAGAUUAUGAAGAAAGAAUUAAAACUAUUUGCAGAUGACAUAACCUAUUAGAGUUAAUAAAUAAGUUCAGCAUGGCUACCAGACACAAGAUUAAUAUGAAAAUUGCAUUGGCUGGGACCUUCAGCACAAUGCUGACUCCCAAGGAGUGGUGAUAGUGAGU